CGAACCUGAAGCAAUGUGGAGUACUAAAGGACAUCGGCCGUGAAGAGAAACCGUCCACCAUGACUUCAGAGGAACCGAUAGACGUUGUAAAAAAACCAGAUGACAAAAAAACUGACGAAUGCGCGAAUAUUGCGCAGGAAAUAAACGAGGGCUCACAAACCGAUAAAGAAACGGGGCAGAAAAGAUCACUAGAGCUCAUGAGGCUUGUCUACGAACUGCCCGAAGACAUCAAAGAGAUAAUGCAUACUGAAAACCCGACUAUAGAAGUAACCGAACAAAAGAGUUGUGACGUACAGUGCGAGGAAUAUUAUGGCUUAAGUCCCGAAUCGGAAAGAAAACUAUAUGAAGCACAAUCGGUGCAUAAAAGUGAACAAUCUAGUGAUCAAAACAAGGAAGUGAUAGAUAGGAUAUCUCCCGAGUGCAGCGACGAGGACGUUCAGGAACUAAAAAAGUUUUUAGAGGGAAAACCUAAAUUAUUGGAGAGGUAUUUAAAGGAAUGCGCGAGUGCUGAUGAGGUGAACAGGAUACACAGUGUGACAUCCAGCGCUCCUCUCUCUCCGAGGCCCCACCACGAGGCGAGGAGUACUUCGGUCACCUCAGACCUGUUCCAACUAUGGCUGUCAUCGUCUCCCGUUAAGAGGUCGCGGUCGCCGAGCAGCUCGGCGCAGAGGCAGCUGGAUGAAGCGGAUCUAUUCAUGGACCUCAUCAAGGACGUCGCCAACGAACUGGAUAUAGAUGUCUUGUGUCACAAGAUCCUGGUAAACGUGUGUUUGCUGACGUCAGCAGAUCGAGGUAGUCUAUUCCUAGCGAAGGGCGUGCCUCCAAACCGGUACCUACAGGCGAAACUCUUCGAUGUCACACGAGAUACAGAACUGAACGAUGCGCUUCGGACGGCCAGGACACAAGAGAUCAAAAUCCGGUUCGGUGUGGGAGUGGCGGGACUCGCAGCUCAGACCAAAAACCAUAUCAACAUCAGGAAUGCAUACGCCGAUCCCAGGUUCAACAGCGAGAUCGACGCUCGGACUGGCUACAAGACGGAGCUCAUCCUGUGCAUGCCGAUCUGCAACUACGAAGGCGACGUGGUCGGCGUCGCACAGAUCAUCAACAAGACUGAUGGCUCGAAAGAAUUCUCGUCCAGAGACGUCGAAGUGUUCAGGCGAUACCUCACAUUCUGCGGUAUAGGCAUCCAGAACGCUCAGCUCUUUGAGUCCUCGGUACUCGAAUACAAGAGGAACCAGAUCCUCCUUGCUCUGGCGCGGAGCAUCUUCGAAGAGCAGAGCAAUUUGGAGUGCUUGGUUACCAAGAUCAUGACAGAAGCCAGGGAUCUGCUCAAGUGCGAGCGAUGUGCUGUCUUCAUACUCGACACCGACCAUUGUGAAUCUAGUCACCUGGAGCGCAUCGUGCAGCGGCCGGGCGGCGCGGCGGGGGGCGGGGCGCGGCGCGGGGGGCUGGCGGCCCUGCCCCCGCCGGCGCCCACCCGCUUCCACACGGUGUUCGAGCUGGGCGCGCCGCGGCGCCCGCACGACGCGCUGCCCGCCAUCGCACUCGCGGUGGCCCGCUCAAACAAAUCACUAAACAUAUCAGACGUGGAGCAAUGGUUGCAUGACAAUAACAUGUCCGCCGGGGAGAACUCGGCCGGCGUGCGGACCCUGCUGUGCAUGCCCAUCGUCAAUGCCAAUAAAGAUGUCAUCGGAGUGGCGCAACUCAUCAACAAGGAAAACGGUUCGCAGUUCACGGAGGGCGACGUGUCGAUAUUCGAAGCGUUCGCUAUAUUCUGUGGACUUGGCAUACACAACACGCAGAUGUAUGAGAACGCCUGCAAGCUGAUGGCCAAACAAAAGGUGGCGCUGGAGUGCCUGUCGUACCACGCGACGGCGUCGGCCGAGGACACCAGCAAGCUGUGCCAGGACGAGAUCCCCUCCGCAGAGACCUACAACUUGUAUAGCUUCCAGUUUCACGACUUCGACCUGACCGACGAGGACACGUGCCGCGCGACGCUGCGCAUGUUCCUGCAGUGCGAGCUGGUGGAGAAGUUCCACAUCCCGUACGACGUCCUCUGCCGCUGGAUACUAAGCGUCAAGAAGAAUUACAGACCUGUGAAGUACCACAACUGGCGACACGCCCUCAACGUCGCACAGACUAUGUUCGCGAUGCUCAAGACGGGCAAGAUGGAGCGCUUCAUGUCCGAUCUGGAGAUCCUGGGGCUGCUGGUCGCCUGUCUGUGCCACGACCUGGACCACAGGGGCACCAACAAUGCCUUCCAGACCAAGACGGAGAGCCCCCUGGCCAUCCUGUACUCCACCUCCACCAUGGAGCACCACCACUUCGACCAGUGCGUCAUGAUACUGAACAGCGAAAGUAAUAACAUAUUUCAGGCGCUGUCCCCGCGUGACUACAAGGACGUGAUGCACGUGGUGGAGACGGCCAUCCUGUCCACCGACCUGGCCAUGUACUUCAAGAAGAAGUCCAAGUUCCUCGAGCUGGUCGACAACGGGGAGUUCGACUGGCAAGCGCAGGAGAAGAAGGAGUUGCUGUGCGGCAUGAUGAUGACGGCGUGCGACGUGUCGGCCAUCGCCAAGCCGUGGGAGGUGCAGCAUCGCAUCGCCAAGCUCGUCGCCGACGAGUUCUUCGACCAGGGAGACCUCGAGAAGCUGCAGCUCAACCAGCAACCCAUCGCCAUGAUGGACAGAGAGAAGAAGGACGAGCUGCCGCAGAUGCAGGUGGGCUUCAUCGACACGAUCUGCCUGCCGCUGUACAAGGUGCUCUCCGACACCUUCCCCUGGAUGACGCCGCUGCGCACCGGCACGGCCGACAACCGCCGCCGCUGGCAGGACCUCGCCGAGAAGGUGGACAUGGGGCUCACCUGGAUCGACCACGACACCAUCGACAAGCCCGUCGAGGAGUUCACCGCACUGAACGAGCCGCUCGCGGACGUGGAGCUGACGGUGACGACGCUGAACUGCGCGGCCGGCCCCCCCGCCAAGCCGCUCAAGACUCCCUUCCACUCGCUGCGGAGGGGGAGGGCGCCCCCCGCGCCCCGCCCCGCGCGCACCAAGCUCACCAGCUUGUUUCAGGUCGCUCUACUCCGCUCCAAGCUCCCAUCGAGAAGACAGAGACAGAGAGAGGGAGAAGGAGAGGGAAGUAGAGAGAGAGGAGAAGGUGGUGCAGAAGGCGACGGUGGUGUGGGACGGGCGGAGCACGGCGCUGGCCCCGCCGGGACCGCACGCGCGGGCGCGGCCGCGGCGGCUGUGCCACGUGUUGUGACGACUGAGUCUUAACUGGGGCAGCAGCAGCGGCGGCGCGCGGCCCGCGGGCAGCGACGGGCUGAAGACUUCGAAGUCCAUCGACUAGCGCGAGCCCCGGCUUCGUCUGCUCCGGCACGCUCUCCUCCACAAAUAUACUCACUUCUCUAAUAUAAUCUUAAUUUUAAUCGGACAUUUUUGCAGUAAAAAGACGAACGAAAUUAUGACUUACUUGAAGAACCUAGUUGCAAUAACGCUGCGUCCCCGGGGGGUGGGUCUGUCCCCCCCCGGAGUCCGCGGCGACUCUGUGUUAACUAAUUCAAAUAAAAUAAUUUAUCUUAAGUAAAAUUCUAAAGUCCACAAAACGAUACUGAGUAUUUAAAUCUUAACUUAAAUAUUUAGUAGAUACACAUUAUACCUACUUCUUCACUGGACUGAAACAGUGCGCCGGUCGGUAAAAGUCUAAUACCGAAUGUCGGCUCUGGCCUGUAAAUUUGUUUUAGAAAAACUUUAGGUAGGCGACUAGUGCUCACGAACACUACCCCCCCCCCUCACCCCUCCCCCGGCAGCGACGGAACUAGUUCGUGAGCGCUAACUAUUAGAUGAGGAUAUGUAAUGAGUAGCGUAGCGGUGGUCUGCGUCUGUUUGACGUCACUUUCUGUGAGAUAGCGUAUGUAUUACGUAUAUAUUAUAUACAUAGACUGUGAUCUAGUGUUACUUCGCGAAGGUUCUAUUUUAAAACUAUUCUAUGUAUAUCUCUUCGGGACUCUAUUCCCUGACGAUAAGAUAUAAUUUCGAGAAGCACUUGUUGUUGUUAUUUUAAUGUAACGAAAUUUAAAACGUUUCACGUUUUAACUGUAUGUGUGUACUCUGCAUCUGUUUUUUACUGAUUUUUUCUCAGAUAUGAUACUUCUUUAUUUUUUCAAUACGUGUGUAGUUAAUUUUAAAAUAGAAUUGUCGUUCUCGGCCUGUAAGAAACUAAAUAAGUGUGAUUAAAAACAAUAUUUCCGUUCCGCUCACACCUACUGUUUUAACUGUACGUGUGAGAGGGACAGCAGAACUUAUAAGUAUUAUGAUGCUAGUCGUUAUAGGUGUACAAAAAAUGAAUAUUUAUUGACGUUACUAUCACUUGUAGAACCGCGGCGUCCAUUGUGCUCGCGGAGUAAUGUUUACACGGAGCAGUGAGGGCCCGCGCGAAGUGAAACCUCUAUGCGGUCUGACGUCACCACGACACGUGGGCUGGCGCUGACGUCAUCACAAUUAAUCGUCACCACCACCUACUGAGGAUUUUAGUCAGGCUCCACGGGGACAGCCCGUCAGUACUCAUUAUCCACAUUCAGUCACAUUUAUCCCUACUUAUUAGCUGGUAGCAUAUGGGGCUAUUCCUGCUACGGCCGGACAGGUAGGUGAGCUCGCGGGCUUAACCUGAGAGAAUUUGCUAACACUAUCCCUAGUAAGAGCAGUGCUUCGCAGAAUCUAUCACCGGAUCGGAAUCGCGUCCCACUGAGUAGAACUGGCGAGGAACUCAACGGGCUGUGUCUGUGGGGUAGUACGACGAGGACGGUGACCGGUGUUUCAAGGGCCUAAGCGCCCCGAAAGUAGAUCGGGGGAUUCGACAUGUUUAGGGCGACGGCGGUUCUGCGUUGCUCCCUCACCUGAGACGAUAACAUUACGUCGCACAUGUCUUGACUCCCGACGAACCACCGUCGAACCAAUAGAAGUUUCACUUCACUAGUUCGGGAACCUUAAUUUUACAGAACAAAUAAGAUUUUAAUUUAGCAACAAGAAGACGUUGCCUUUCAGCAAGUUUAUUGUGAUAAAUACAAUCGAUUCUAAUACUCUAUAAAUACGUUUCAAAUUCCUAUGAAACUUUUGAAUAAUUAUAAAUCUGUUUAAAUUUUAGAUGAAAUUACUGACCGUCUUACUAUAAAAUAGUUGCAAGUGUUGUGAUUAAUAGUAUAAUUAAAUAUCGAUAUAAUCUAGAAUACUAUAUUAUAUUUUCAAACUAAGUGUUAAAACAUUUUAUUUCGUAUAUAAAACGCCUGGUUUUUCUGAUGAUGAUUUGUAAGUUUGAUUGACCUACAUGGUCCGGUUUCUAUCAAAACGUGAACGUCGUGAGACGAAACGUCAUUACUCGCUAUAGUGCGCUCUCUCUCUCUCUCCUAGGCUGGAGCAGCGACGCCGCGACGGAGUGACAGAGACAGCGAAAAUAGCAAGACCUUAUUCGUAGGCAACUGACAUUAACAUCUGGACUGAGUGAGCGCCGCCAUUUUAAAAAAGUAUCCACAAAAUGGCGUUUAAUUUUUAACUAAAAUACUAGGCGUUUUAGAGAUAACACGUGUGAUCUUUAUUCCCUUGUCAAUAAACAUUAAUAGUACCAAAAAUUCAAGCAGUAUAUGUUUGUCAAUAAGUUGAAUGUUGUUAUUAUGUUUAAACACGUCUUGGUUGUCGGUCCGUAGUGGUUCUCUCUCGUUUGCUGCUGGUUGUUUGGUUAGUAAUACAUAAAACUGUUACGAUCAUAUUUUCUUGCGACAAACAUGUUAGUUUAAGAGAUUCGUCUUCGGCUUUCCGACAAUUUUGUCAUUAUUAAGUGAUGUAAUGUUAAAAACAUACUUUUUUUUCAUUCAUAUAACUUUUAAAUGUUGAAUUCAAGACUAAUAAGUGAUAACUACAUUAGUAAAUGCUUAUGCUAAAAUUAUUACAGAAAUAUUUGAAUUUAAAUAUUACGGUAGGCAGCGGCUUGGCUCUGCCUCUGACGUUGCAGACGUCUAUCUACGACGGUAACCACUCACCAUCAGGGCCGUAAGCUCAUCUGCCUACAAGGGCGAAUAAAAAUACUUACUACCCCGGUGGUCUCGGAUACUUGCGUCGCUGCUUUGAAACCGGGUAUGUACUACGGUUUCAGUUUAUUUUUCUUUCAGGCUACAAGCGUUCGUCAUGACGCUUCUAUGCCCUGACUCGUCCUCUAUAGACAUUUAUUAUUUUGUAAAGUUAGCUGCUGUGAUUGUCAAUUAUUGUAUUCGACGCAUGUAGGUGCAUGGAGUCUGUGGGCAGCAAACGCAAGAGCGGACGGGUCUCGCUCGGAACCUGUUGUGUUGUAUUCAAUAAAAUAUCAGACUUGUGAAUUCAUU